CAAGAAGCCCGAAGAUUUUGCUUAUCAAGCAGAAGUGACGUCUUGUUCCAACUGAAGAAACAGCUGAUUCUUCUUCCGGAAUCCGAGAUUCUUCUACUCGUUUUCCUUUUGCCAUCAAUUUCCUUUCUUUAUUUAUACCCUCUGUCAAAAGGCGAUCGAGCUGUCCUCUCCUUUUGCAUCUUUUAAUACCUCCCAUUCUACUCUUGUCCACCCAUCGCAUCGCAAAAAUGUCUGCUUCUAACCGCCCCGAGGACGAGAUUGACGACGACCUCCUCGAUGCUGAGGAUGUGGGAGAAGAGGUUGCCAACGACGAUGACCUCGCCAUGGACUCCGACAAUGAGGAGCUGAUCCUCCAAAACGACUCGAUUGCCUUCUUCGACCUGCCCCAAGACUCUCUCUUCACCAUCGCGCAACAUCCAGUUCACCCUUCGCUGAUUGCUGUUGGCGGUUCUGCCGGUGAGGCAGACAAUGCUCCUGGAGCUGGCUGGCUUUUUGAUGCUUCCGCUGCCCAGUCGCGCCCUGUGCUUCCCGCGAGCUACGCCAGCGAUCCUUCUGCCCAGCCUCAGACAACUCAGCUCGAGAGCCUGUAUUCUCUACAGGGCCACACAGACUCCAUCAAUGCCCUAGCCUGGACUCUUCCUCAGGGCGAGGUCCUUGUCAGUGCUGGCCUGGACGGCAGGGUCAAAGCUUGGAAGACGGAUGUGCAGCCCUCUACGGGCGUCAAGGUCACUCUCCUCGGAGAGGCGCAAGAGGUCGAAGAGAUCAACUGGGUUGCGCCCUGCCCUUCGCCAUCAAAUCCCAACACCAUCGCCCUCGGCGCCAACGACGGUUCCGUCUGGGUCUACACAAUCGAUCCAUCCGACUCCUCCAACCCUCUCCAGAUCGUCCAGUCCUACUUCUUGCACACUGCUUCCUGCACAGCCGGAGCUUGGACACCGGAUGGACAGCUACUGGCUACCGUUUCCGAGGACGGCAGCUUAUACGUCUGGGAUGUGUGGGGACUUGCUGCUGCACAGGGCCUUACCAACGACAACGGCCAGACGGCUGUGUCACUGACGCCCGAAGAUCAGCGAUUCGAGGUCGAGGGUGGUCUAUACUCCAUUGCCAUUGACCCCAAGGGCGCAUUCCUCGCUACUGGCGGUGCUGGCGGCGCUAUCAAGAUCGUCUCUCUUCCCCGUCUCACAGCUGCCGCACCAGCAAGGUCAGCUCGAGGUGGCAAGUCUGCCGCCGACCCGACCACUGGUGGACAGAUCUUGGCCUCACUUCACAGCCAAACCGACAGCAUCGAGACGAUUGCCCUGUCAGUCGCAUCAACGAACCCUCCCACUACCCUUUUGGCUGCCGGCUCUGUAGACGGCUCCAUCACCGUAUUCGACGCAACCCGUCGCUUUGCUAUCCGAAAGAACCUUGUCGGUGCUCAUGAGGAGCACUCCGUCGUCAAGGUUGAGUUCGUGCCCAACUCAUGGCUGCUCACAAGCUGCGGCAUGGACGGUGUUGUUCGGCGAUGGGAUCUGCGAGCCAGCGGUGCAACUGGUGCCCCUGAGGGGGGAGCUUCUGGUUUACUGAAGGAGUGGAGAGGCCACAGGGGCGACGGUGAGGGAGGUGGUGUCUUGGGUUUCGUGCAGGGACAGACUGGCGAGAGAUUGGUGACGGCUGGUGACGAUGGUGUUUCAUUGGUUUUCGAGGCAUAAAUGAGGUAUAGAAGCAAUGGUAGAGACGGAGAGUGUAUGAAUUAAAAAUAAGCCUGCCCAGCAUCCUGGCAGCUUUGGAUACCAGUUUUAUUCUUCUUUGGUUAUUUCUUCUCCUCAUCUUCACAAGUGACAUUUAUAAGUCGACGAGUGCUUAACCAGUGGUAAUCAAGCCGAG